AUGCCUCCCCACCCCGACAUCGCAGCCGUCAAUUUCACCUCCACCACCCACCACGACACCUACCCUGCCAUCGCCAAAUCCGACCAGCGCGGUCGAGUGGUCCUAAUCACCGGCGCGUCGCGAGGCAUCGGGCGGGCGACAGCCGUGUCGUUCGCCAAAGCCGGGGCAGCGGGCAUCGCCAUCGCCGCGCGCUCGGGGCUUGACGAGGUGGAGAAGGAGAUCCUUGCUGCAGCACAGGAACAGCAACAGACACAACCGCAAAUCCUCAAGCUGCGCCUAGACGUCACGGACGAAGCCAGCGUCGCCAACGCCGUCGCCCAGGUCGAGCAGACCUUUCACCGGCUGGACAUCCUGGUCAACAACGCCGGAUACCUGGAGCACUGGGUGCCGGUGGCAGACAGCGACCCGGCAGAAUGGUGGAAGUCAUGGGAGAUCAACGUCAAGGGCGUGUACCUGAUGACGCGCGCGUUCCUGCCUCUCCUACUGCGCAGUAGUAAUCCUGACGGGCAGAAGACCAUCGUCAACGUCAGCUCCAUCGGCGCGCACUACGCCCGCCCCGGCGCGUCGGCGUAUCAGACCAACAAGUUCGCUCUGCUGCGUUUCACUGAGUUCCUGUCCGUCGAGUACGGAAGCAAGGGCCUCCUGGCUUUCGCGAUACACCCCGGUGGCGUCCCGACGGAGCUGGCCCUGGGCAUGCCCGAAGAUAUGCACGCGCGUCUGCUCGACAAGCCGCAGUUAGCCGGUGAUUCGAUUGCCUGGUUGACGCAGGAUAGGAAAGAGUGGCUUGGUGGCCGGUAUAUCAGCGUCAACUGGGAUCUGCCCGAGCUUGUCUCCAAGCGGGAUGAGAUUGUCGAGGGCGAUAAGUUGAAGAUGAGGAUUGUCAUUUAA